GUUACGUUUUUUUGUUGUUGGUGUACGAGGUUUGUAGGAUGCUUCGGGUUCUGGCUGGGGGGUCGCGGACGGCGAGUGACGCGGUGGAUCCUCUUGUUGUGCGGAGUGUUGUUGGUGUAGUGGAGUGAGUUGCAGGAUUUUAGUGCCAGUGGUAGUGGCGGCACAAGCUUGGUGGAUGAGGUGGUGCGCCUUUGAGUGGGGGGGGGAGGGGACCAUGGAUAGACAGUGGAUGGCAGACUCGCACGGGUGGCGCACUGUUGUGUGAUGACUGGUGGAGGCGCUUUUGCGUCGAGGAAUGAGCAGGUUGCGAAUGAGGACAGUUUCGAAGCCGGGACAGUUUCGAAGCCAGAAUAGGUUCCGCCAGUGUUGGCUCAUGGAAUAGGUCGACGCAGGCGGGAGCUGACGCAGUUCGUUUGCGAGGGGACUCGUGGAUUUUGGGCGGGUUUGAAAGGGAAAAUUUUCCAUGAUGGAGAGUUCUCAUGUGGUGCAACUGUCUGGUGUCUGUGAAGAUCAAAUUCUCUGGCACAAUGGGUUGGCUGCAACUGCGUGACGGCGUUCAGCGAGGAAACAGCGGUUGGUCUUCGGGCUUAGAAAUCGGCUACAGUGGUGUGGGAAAUAGUGUCUGCGAUGAGAACGUGGAGUUUUUACAUCCGGGUGUGAUGCUUGAGGCCUCAUUCCCAUUCGCGGAUGGUAGUGUCGCGGCUUGGGGGCGUAGAAUUUGCAAGAUGGGUAGUUGGAGGGGAGCGAAAGCGACGAGGGUCGACGAGGAUCACUUCCCAUUGCUUCAAUUUCCGGAUGAAAUUAUUGAGAAGGUGAUUGGCUUCCUCACAAAUCCGGUAGAUAGGAACUCCACAUCCUUGGUGUGUACGCGCUUGAAGGCUAUUGAGGGCGAGUCGCGGGAGACCGUGCUAAUCUCCAACUGUUACGCAAUCCAGCCGGGUACUCUAAAGUCGCGGUUCCCGAAUGCGAAAUCCAUCACUAUCAAAGGCAAGCCUCGCAUCGUGGAUUUCUCGCUGAUUCCUCACGCCGAGGUAUGGGGUGCAUACGCCACCCCCUGGGUCGACUUGCUGAAGGAACACUACCGGCCUAUCAGGCACCUGAAGAUGAAGCGCAUGACGAUUUCAGAUUCCGACAUCAAACGCUUUGUGAGUGCUUGCGGGUAUAGUCUGGAGAGGCUGGAGUUCGAGAAAUGUUCUGGGUUUAGUACCACGGGGUUGCAGUACAUAGCUGGGGCAUGUCGCAACCUGGUUGUCCUGAACCUCUCUGAAGCCGACAUUCUUCAGGGUGAUGCACCCUACUGGAUGACAAGCCUCGUCAACACAGCUAGUUCGCUCCGAGUCCUUGAUCUCUACCUUACGGAAGUGGAGGAUGUCGAACAGAGUGUGCUUGAGAGGCUAGCUAAGCAGUGUCACACUUUAAGGUUAUGCGAUGCUCUGAAGAUAAAUCAUGUGUUACCGGUUGUGACGGCCGCUUGCGAAACAGUCCGCCACUUAGGCAUAGGGCUGAGUUUUCAGAACGGUGACAGCCCCAAUCAGAUAGCAGAGGCGCUUGGGAGAUGCAAGGAGCUGGAAGGAAUCUCAGCGGUGUGGGAUCCUGACGAGGUAUCGGCGAUGAUGUUGAUGCCCGUUGCUGCUCGGCUUAAGACUUUGGACCUCACCUACGCCCUACUCGAACAGCCUGAGCUCACGGACCUGCUUGGCGCUUGUGUGAAUUUGGAGGAUCUUCAGUGCACUGAUGUCAUACGAGAUAGGGGACUGCUGGAAGUCGGCACCUGCUGCAAAAAGCUGAGAAGUCUAGUCGUUCAACAAGACGCAGCGGGUUUUGUAACACAGAACGGUUUGACUGCCGUGGCGAAAGGGUGCUUCUUGCUGGAGAAGAUCAUCAUAUACGCCGCUGAUAUGACCAAUGAAGCUUUGGAGACUCUUGCAACCAAUUGCCCUAAUUUAUCUGAUAUCCGCAUAUGCCUUGUCCAGAAGUACGAUGGUUCCCAUCCAGUCGUGGAGUUGGAAGGAAACUCCACAUUGAAUUUGGGAGUCAAGGCACUUCUGAUGAAAUGUCCAAAAGCUCGGCGGCUGGCGCUCUGUUUCAGCAGAUUUGGCUUGACAAAUGUAGUGAUCACCGACGAGGGCAUGAAGCACAUUGGCGAAUAUGGAGGCAACCUUCACAUCAUCACGCUUACAAAUUGUGGCGGCAGCAAUGCAGGCCUUGAAUACAUUGCCAAGGGUUGUAACGAGCUUCGGAAACUCGAGCUUCGUCAUUGUCCAUUUGGAGAUGCAAGUAUGGAGGCCCUUGCUCGUGGGUGCAAAAGCUUGAAGCAACUGUGGGUUCAGGCCUGCCAAGUUGAGCUCAGGGGUGUGAGGUUGUUGGCUCAACGACCAGGCUUGACUGUGGAGAUUGUCGAGGAGAGCAACAAUGACGGCGAUAUCACUCCAUGGCAGCUCAUUGCCUACGCUUCCGUUGCACCCCCGCGGAAAGACCUUCCGGACAACAUCGACUAUGUCCACGAAGGAUACUGCAAGCCUCUCUACUGCAAGAAUUAUCUGUGCCCCAGCACCGUUUAGUAGAUGGGCUUGCUUUUUAGGAGUACAGGAUGACUGAACUGGAUAGAGCCAUGCGGCAGAACGAGAAAUCACACGGUGUUUGUUAGAAACCAGGGUACGAAUGGGAGGAAUGACGAGGCGGGUGAUAAGACAUUUGUUUUCUUCUUUUUUCCUUUUAAACAAAAAAAUUCCCGACGCCAUAUAUACGGUGAUGAAGAAUGAGCUUCACUCUUAAUCGAUGGCCAUUUCCUGCUGGCUAGAUCCUGAGAAACAGAGUCUAGGAAUCUAUCAGCUUCCGAGCAUCCGUAGUUUCAAACACGAGAGAACUGUGGAGAAGGCGAUAGAAGACGUUUCUACUUCUUUCAUGGUUGACUUGCCAUGUAUAGUGAUCAAUAUAUUUGGGGUUUCUUCAGUACAACGUGCUCAAACUGACUCCAUCUGUAGAAUGAAAACAGUUCAAUAUAAUGUAGUGUUGUAAUGCAACUCUGAUCUACUCAAUUCAGAAUCGAUCCACAUGA